AUGCUUCCAAAUAAGUUGGUAUUCGACGAUAACUACCAUGUUACAACAUAUGCUUCAACCUACAAAGAACUCAUCCCCACCCAUCGCAUCUAUGAAUGCUGUUACACCUAUUAUCACCACAUCUGCCCCUGCGGUUGUCGCCGGUCCGUGGCACUAUGGGCUGGCACUUAA